UGCAGGGCACUUAGGAACCGACAGCCUUGGCGUGGACUGGUAUCCUGUUGACUGCGGUUUGCAGGGUCUGCCAUGGAGUCAGAGCAGAUGCUGGAGGGACAGACGCAGGUUGCAGAAAACCCUCACUCCAAGUACGGUCUCACAGACAACGUUGAGAGGAUAGUCGAAAAUGAGAAGAUUAAUGCAGAGAAGUCAUCAAAACAGAAGGUGGAUCUACAGUCUUUGCCAACCCGUGCCUACCUGGAUCAGACAGUUGUGCCUACCUUAUUACAGGGUCUUGCUGUGCUUGCAAAGGAAAGACCACCAAAUCCCAUUGAGUUUCUAGCAUCUUAUCUUUUAAAAAAUAAGGCACAGUUUGAAGAUCAAAAUCGAUUACUUGGGAAGAAAAGAAACAUUUGGUUGCUACUGUAGAUUUACAUGAUUACGAGGCAGCUUUAAUUGCCAUGAUUCCCCUCCCCCUUUGGAACCUUCAGGACCACAGAACUCUCUUCUGAAGUUGCAGAAGAGAACAUAUCCCCUUGUCUGAUUUAAUCACCAUACUUAUUUAAUGAGUAUCAUCUGUGCAAAUUUUUUCUCAGAUUGUCUUUUACUUUGUUUUUGAAAAGACCUUCAAAAUAAACUGUUAAAACACCAA